AUGUUCGGGCGAGGCCUGGGCCCGCUGCUGCGAUGGGGACCUAGGCCCGGGCAUGGCCUCCAUCGAGGCUCCGCGCGCGCUCGCGCGUCGUCCGCCUCAGGUGGCUCUGCAGCCAAGCCCAGCCAGUGGGCGGGCAUCGGGAACUCCGCGGUGACGUCAGGCAGCCUGGCGAUCGUGGGCGACGCGGUGGCACAGACGCUAGAGUACAAGUGGAAGCAGUCGCGCGGGGAGGUGCACAAGCCUGACGCGGUGCGCGGUGCUCGUCUGGGCGUCUGGGGGCUCCUGUUUUACGGGCCGCUGCAGCACUUCUGGUACCGGCUCCUGGACCGCGGGUUCCCGGGGAAGAGCACCGGCAACUUCCUCUCGAAGGUCACGCUGAACCAGCUCAUCCUGGGCCCUGUGGUCCUCUCGUCCGUGUUUGCGUGGACGCUGACGUGCCAGGGCAAGGCGGAGGACAUCCCAGGCAAGAUUCGGCGGGACCUGCUGCCGUCGGCGAUCAACGGGUGGAAGUUCUGGGUCCCUGCAGCGUGCGUGAACUUUUGGCUCAUACCGCUGAAGAGUCAGGUCCUGUACAUGUCCACGUGCGGCAUCGUGUGGUCGGCGUACCUGUCCUUCACGAGCAACAAUCGCGUCGUCGCCGAGCAGCCUGCCGCGAGGAAAUAG